AUGAUUGCCCUACUACUGCCAAAUCCAUUAUUCCGAUUUAUUGAUCUUAUUGUUCGUCGCAGGCAACAAGGGAAGACUCACUAUGAAGAAAUCAGUCAUGAAAUUGACCGAUGCUAUAAAAUAAACAGUUCAACAACGGCAAGGGAAGUGGCCAGCCGCUUGGCUCCACGUGGAAUUCGAGUUAGCGAAGCAUACAUCAAACGAAUAAGAGCGAAAUUAGGAUAUGAGAACAAAACCACAAAGUAUUGUCACACCAUUCGUGAUGUUAACAAGGAAAAGAGAGUACUAUUUUGUGAAGAAAUGCUUCACGCUGGAACGACGUUCUCUGACUGUGUCUUCACGGAUGAGUGCACGAUUCAAGGUUUCGGCCGCCUUGUGCAGGACAACGCUCCUGCACAUGUCAGCCUCUAUACGAAGAGAAAAAUGGAGGAGUGGCAAAUGGAAACUUUGGACUGGCCCGCAGAGAGCCCAGAUUUGAAUCCGAUAGAACUAAUCUGGGGAAAUAUGAAAGCUUCUAUUAGAAAGCGUGAGGUUCGCAAUCUAAACGACCUGAAGGUCGCAAUCAUUCAGUACUGGAAAACUUUGACUCCACAAAUCUGUUCAAACUAUAUUUCCGGAAUAAAAAAGAAGAUGGAACGGGUGAUAGAGCAGGGUGGAAGAAAUAUCCGUGAAUCAAGAUGA